CCGAAAUAAUAAUUAUUCCAAUAAUAAUAACAGUAAUAGUAAUAAUCAUAAUCUCAAAUCGAAUAAGGAUAUAGCUGAUGCGGUUUUGAUGAUGCGGGAAUUCUGCGCAACGGUUCUGCAAGAGAAACGGGAGGAGAGAGAACGGAGAAAGGAGGAAGAGGAGAGGAGAAAGAGGGAGGAGGAAAUAAGAUUAAUGAAGGAAGAGCGAGAGAAACACGAACAAGAAAAGACGAAGAAAGCGGAGGAGCGGGAGGCAAGACUGACGCUCAUCAUUGAAUCGAAAUUCGCCAACAAGGACCAAGGAUAUCAAGUCAUCGCCGAACAGUUAGCGGAACAGAACAAGAUGUUUCGGGAGACCAUUGAAGAACUGAAGGCCGGAACUGCGAAGAAUCCUAUCAUCGUGGAAGACAUCCGCCAUGAUUUGCUUCUGUUACGUGAGGCAGAGCUGGCCCGGGCACGGAAAAAACGAGGUAAAGAGGCCAUUGAGAGCGACGAUGACGAUGAGGACCGGCAAGCGGCAAAGAAGACAAACACGACUCCUGAUAGGGAGACAAGGUUGACCCAAGAAUUGCUGUCGAUGCAGGAACACCACAGGGAAGAGAUGCGCAUGUUACGCGCGGAGAUCGAGAGGCUCAAAGCCGCACAAGGGGCGACACCUGCUAACACACCGUCUACCUCAAAAGCGCAAGCACGCACACCAGUGUUGGGGCUGAGGACAGUUGGACCGAAUAAGUUGUUCUCCAGGAGCGCCCCAGUCCGUCGAACAACAUUGGAAUCUGACACUGAGCGGCUGGAGAAGAGGGACUUACCUCUUCCGCCAGUCCGUCGAACAACACUGGAGAAGAGGGACUUACCUGGUCAAGAAGCCCUGCCGAAGGGUCGAGGUGAGUAUUGGUUGAAGUGUCGGCUAUGCACGCAGAUUUGGAGGGGCACGAGCACAAGGGCAGUGCAACACUUUUUGAAGUUGUUGAAGCCGUGUCCCUUGAGGACAGGUGUGAUGGUGCACAAGCUCGUGGUCGCCGGUGCGAAGGUGCUGCCCAGCGACAAAAAGACGCAGUACCUCCUGAAGAACUAUAGGCAGUUGCACGACAUUGCGGAAGGGGGGGCGACUGCGACGGAGACUCAGGACGUGGAGCCGCUCAUUUCCGGGUACGAGGAGCCGCAACCGCCAACCACUGCGGGGAUGGCACCACCGAAAACAGCUUCCCGAACAGAGUCGGUCGCCGCUACAGACGAGGGGCUUGCGGAAGGUUCAGGGUCAAACACGAGGGUGGCAUCAUUGCAGCAGACAUCAAUCAAGAAAUGGGUGGACAAUGAUGCACAGAAGAAGCUGGAUAUUGCGUGGGCGGAGGCGAUGUUCCGUGCUGACAUUGUAUUUAACUUCCUGAACUUUGACACGACGCAGAAGCUCCACGAAGUUUACUUGGAAGUGGCGAAUGCGCGACCGAAGGUUAAGCUGCCCUCGUACAAGCAUAUGAGGACGGUGAUGCUUGACUUCAUCUACUUGCGAAUUCAAAAGCAAGUGCAUCCUCUGACACCGUGUUGGGAUGAAUCUGGCUGUACAUUCAUCACGGAUGGGUCAUCCGACCGUCGAGAGCGCCCUGUCAUGAACUUCUUGGCAGCGGGGGAGAAGGGUGCAGUUCUGGUGGCCACAGUGUCGAUGACGGCAAAGAAGAAAACAACGCAGGCGUUGGCAAAGUUGUGGGAGCAGAUCAUGAGGGAGAUAGGGGUGCAUCGCAUCAACGCAAUCUGCGCCGACAAUGCCGAGGUGAACAAGAAGGCUGCUCAGAUUCUAGAGCGCCGCACUGACAAAGACAUUGCAAGGAUUCCAUGGGUUCCUUGCGCUGCGCAUUGUUGCAGCCUUUUGCUGCAAGACAUCAGCAAGCUAGACUGGGUGAAGCGCACUGUCAAGAGAGGCCACACGAUUGUUAAGUUCAUCCGGAACCACCACUCCACGAACAGCCUGAUGAUGUCCAUGAACGAUUCCCUGACAUUGCUUCGUCCCAUGGAAGUUCGGUUCGGGUCAGUGUACAUGAUGUUGGAGAGGCUUCUGAACAGGAAGGCAGUGUUGUCGGAUAUGGUGGAUCGAAAAAAUGCAGCACGGUGGACAGGGAUCCGUUGGUCCACUGCAAAGUUGAAGUCGAAAGCGGACCUAGUUUACUUCACCAUGAGGAGAGACGGUUGGUGGAUGGAGUUGAAGAAGGUGGUCGAUGUGAUGGAACCGUUGUACAGCCUUCUCAGGAGGAUGGAUCGAGAUGGAACAUCGCCGACAAACCUUGUCGAAUACGACGACCUGAUUGAAAGGAAACUGACUCACGUGGUUCUCACUGACGAGCAGCGGGCGAGCGUCAUGGAGAAAGCCAGAGAUCUGGUGAAGAUGAUGCGGCAACCAGUACAUGCACUGGCGUUUCUUCUGGACCCGCGCAGGAGAAAUCCACGGUGGCUCUAUGAUCGGGACAAUGCAAUUGUGCAGAACGCGAUGCGUUACCUGCAGAGACAGGUUGGAGGUGAUUGGAAAGGGCCAGACCACCUUGAGGUUUUGGGUGACCUGCACGAGUUUCACAAGGAACCCACGCCGAAGGGGCCCAAGAGAAAGGACAAGAAGAUGUGGGAGCCCGAUGCGAAGGUCGAUUGCAAGAAGCUCACACCGUCAGAGUGGUGGGCGACUUAUGGUGGCGAUGUCCCCGACUUGCAGGCCAUUGCCAUCAAAGUGAUGGGCAUGUGGAGUACAACAACCCCGACUGAGAGGAAUUGGGCGUCCAUGGACUUCGUGCAUUCGAAAAGGAGGAACAACUUGAAGCCCGAUACAUUGGAGAAGCUGGGCUACGUCGAUCUGUGGAGUUCGUUCUUUGAGGCUAUUCUAGAGCCAGACGAGAACGAUGGAUCUAUCUUGAGGGCCCCCGAGGAAGAAACUGAGAAGACGGAUGAGGAGCUGGUGCGGCAAAGUAGCUUCGUGAAGACACCGAAGGGAAGGAUUCCAAAGAAGCUCGAGGACGAAGAGGACGAGUGCACCGACGACAGUGAUUUGGAUGAUGAGUUGUGGAAGGGGAGGGGUGGAUUGUCGGAUGAGACGAGCGGCGCGGAGGAGGAGGAGGAUGAAAGUGAUUCCGAUUUUGAGCUGGGAGCCCAGCCAUCGGUCCCGGGCACUACUUAUGUGGCGGACCAGCAAGAGGCGGACCACCGCAAAGAGGCGGACCAGCAAGAGGCGGACCAGCAAGAGGCGGAGCACCGCAAAGAGGUGGAGGAGAAGGACCAGCAAGAAGACAAGGACGACAUGGACCACGGACAAGAGGCGGAGAUGGCGCACGGAGAAGAGGACGAGGAGGGGAUGGAGAGUCAAGGAGUGGAGGAGGCCAUGGAACAGCAAGAAGACGCGGAGGGCAUGGAUCGACAGGACCUGCAACACAACAUGGAUGAUGAGGACGGCGAAGAGGAGCACCAGCCUGCAGUGAAGACUAUGUACACGCGCAGGCAACGACCGGUUUUGUCCGCACAGUCUGUCGAGAACUCACCCGACUUCCCUCACAGCAACGAGGCUGUCCAACAUGACAACCUGUGGGUGAGCAGGGUGGGGAGGAAGAGGAAGGAACCGGUGGAGGAUGCUGCUGCGAAGCCUAAGCGUGCUCGUGGCAGGCCCCGCAAGCCGAAGACCGCUGAACCCAGCCAGUGCAAGACUCGCGUGGAGGUUGUGGAGGAUGACCCCGAUUCAGAUAACUGCAGUGAACGCGGGUACAGGGCAUUUACGGAUGCCGUCGCUACCGCUAAAGCACAACAGGAGGCAGCAGAGGCGGAACGUCAGCGGCUGGCCAAUGAGGCGGCAGCCCAAGCUCAGCGGACUGCUGAGGCUGACGCAACGGCUCGAGACCGGCGGAAUGCCGCCAGCACUGAGUCCCUGAUUCAGAAUGAGAGUCGGUGGACAACACUCCUCCAAGGCAUGAUCUUUGUGCCUACGGACGAGCAGGCGGACCCGACACCGGCGGAGGCAGAAAGGAGUACCGUGGCUAACCUGAUGCUGGGCAUGAUAAGGGCGGUGAUGUGGAAUAACACAAUGCUGCAGGUACACCUACUCGCGGACCGACCGCUCAGACAAAAGCAGCAGCAAGAUACUGGCGCUUUAACAGCUGUCGUCCGCGCCACAGCAACGCAGCGGCAGCAACAGCACCAUUUGUUGAACACCAUUAUCACACGCGUCAACAGCAUCGAGGCUAAGGCCUCAGCAGCGCCAGGCUGCACGACAGACACGACGAAGCAGCUCGGGGAGCGCAUCGACCAUGUCGUCAAUAUUAUUGGCGACCUAGGCGACUUUACCAGUCCGGCCACGAUCAGCAGCACGGUGGCCGCCAUCAAGACGGACACCACCAAACUGCAGUCACGACCGGAAGCCGCUACGAAGGCAUACAAGAUGCCACGCUUCAACAUCAGCAAGUUUGACGACUACAACAAGACAGACGCUUUGACAUGGUGGCACACCUUCCUCACUGAAGCAGCUUGCCACUGCGUGCCGCCUGAGGAUAUGAUGAAAGCACUCUACCUCCAACUCAUUGGAGGAGCACAGGCAUAGAUGAACCACACCGCGCCCAAUCUGGGAUGUACCAUCGCCCAACU